AUGGCUGCUCCACAAAUCGACGGACAUGUGGGCUCGAGGCUCGACGUGCCAGCAGCGCUGCCUCACAUCUCAAAGGACUCGCCUCCCCAGGACCUGGCAGCGCAAGACAAGCCUAAGCCAGUCAGGACACGGCCACAAAAGCCAAACUACUUUCUGAUUCAUUCAAAACCUUUGCCGCUCGAGACGCANCCCCUUCCAGCUUUUGUGCCCCAGAAUCCUNNCUCUCUUCUUCGCAUCGCAUACAUUUACCUCUCACAACUCAUAUCUGCACCAUCAUCCCAUCGAGAAGUACCAAUCACUGGCAUUUUCAGCUCCGAGACACGAUCUGUUCACGUCACAGAUCAUGCCUCUGUUCGUGCACUCUGGGAGAUGGGAUUCUUCGGCAAAGGCACAAUGUCACGAAGUGAGCCAAGUUGGCUAGACAGAGAAAAGGCCAGGCUGAAGGCGAGCAAACGCGGUGGUGGUACUGCAGAAGAAAACACAAGAAAAAGAAGAGAAGAGAGAAAGCUGUUCAAGCUUGAGAGAGCUCGAGCAGAAGCCGAGCAGAUCGAGGAGACGUUGAGGCAAGAACGUGCUGUGUUGGAAUCUGCGAAGCUAGAAAAAGAUGAGGAGAAAGCGACGGAAAUUGCCAUCUCUCACGUCUUUCCCUGGAUGCAACAGCAGGAUGGCGAUGCGAAGUUCAAAGAGGAAACGAGAGCUGUGCCUGCGGAAGACACGAAACCGGAAGAACCAGCAACUAAUGUCGUGGAGGUUCCUAUCCUUCCUACUGGCAGCACAAUCCACACAACCGGCAUCCAGGAAGAAACAGCAGUCGUAGAACCUGAAGAGGAAGCACCAAUCACAAACCAAGAACAUCUUCAGCUGAAUCUCGAAGAAUCCUUCUUCUUGUCCUACGCCUUGGGCAGCCUGCGGAUCCUGGACCCCAACACGAACCAACCUCUUUCCACCCCAUCCUUACUUACCCUCUUCCGUCAACACUCGCAAUUUCCUACUGCUCCAACCUCUACCCUACGCUCAGACGACCCUUUCUUGUUGAACUACGUCGUGUACCAUCAUUACCGCUCUCUGGGCUGGGUUGUCCGUCCUGGUGUAAAGUUCUCCUGUGACUUCCUCCUCUACAACCGCGGCCCCGUCUUCUCUCACGCCGAAUUUGCUCUUCUUAUCAUCCCUGAGUAUACAGAGGGCAGCAUUGAAGCGGCAGAAGGAAAGGGCAAAAUGGGUUGGUGGUGGCUGCACUGUGUCAACCGUGUGCAGAGUCAGGUCAAGAAGAGUUUGGUCAUUGUGUAUGUCAAGGUACCAAAGGAGCUACCGAGCUCUGAGGAUGGAGAAGUGGAUAUUGGAAAGCUGUUGAGAGGGUACGAGAUCAGGGAGUUUGUGAUUAGGAGAUGGUUGGCCAACAGAAGCCGUGAUUGA